AAAGAGUACUGUCAGUGACGUGAAAAGCAAGAGAGUUGAACAAAAAACUUGUUAUUAAAUUAUUCAUUCUGAGUUCCUGUGUUGUUCUCAGAACUUUAUUGUAUUAAUUUACACGAAAAUUGGAAUUUGUUACGUCACAUCACAUUGCAAAAAGCGAAGAAUGGACCAGCUUCGCUUUGACGGACGUGUUGCGGUGGUGACCGGCGCCGGUGGUGGCCUCGGCAGAGCCUACGCUCUGUUGCUGGGCUCAAGAGGCGCUAAAGUAGUGGUGAAUGACCUCGGUGGCUCUCGCGACGGCAGUGGAAAAUCAAACUUUGCGGACGCCGUUGUUAAGGAAAUCAAGGACAAAGGUGGUGUUGCGGUCGCCGAUUACAACAAUGUCGUGGAGGGCGAGAAGAUUAUCCAAACCGCCUUAGAUAACUUCGGCAGAAUCGAUAUCCUUAUCAACAAUGCGGGAAUACUUCGUGAUAAGAGCUUCACUAAAAUGUCCGAUCAGGAUUGGGACCUUAUUCACCUGGUUCACUUGAAAGGUGCCUACAAAACCACUCACGCCGCAUGGGAACACUUCAGAAAGCAAAAGUAUGGUCGCGUCAUUAUGACCUCAAGUAAUGCCGGAAUCUUCGGAAACUUUGGCCAGGCUAACUACAGCGCCGCAAAGAUGGGUCUGGUCGGUUUGACCAACACUCUUGCCAUCGAAGGCUCGAAAUACAACAUUAAGGUGAACACCAUCGUGCCCACGGCCGCGUCUCGUCUCACUGAAGACAUUCUGCCCCCAGAAAUGUUUGAGGCUAUGAAGCCUGAGCUUAUUGCUCCUGUUGUUGCAUACAUGUGCCACGAAUCGUUCCCCGACUCCGGCGCGGUCAUUGACUCCACUCUCGGAUACGCGACCAAGAUGCACUACGUUAGAGGACAAGGUGCCAUUCUGAAGAAGAAGCCUUCAGACCCAGUCACAAUCGAGUCUGUCAAGGAGUUCUGGCCCGAAGCGACAAACAUGAAAGACUCCAUCCAUCUUGAAAAGAUUGCUGACACCACUAUCAAUCUAGUUGAGAAGAUUCAGGACUUCGAAGAGCGCAGCAAAUUAGACGGUGACCGUGAAUCCUACUGGUCGAGUUACAAGUAUGAUUCUAAGGAUCUCGUACUGUAUGCCCUCGGAAUCGGAGCAUCAGUAGAAAACGAAAGCGACUUGAAGUUCUUGUACGAGUCUCAUGAGAACUUCGCGGCUCUGCCCACAUACUUCAUCCUCCCGGGUAUGGCCAUCGAGUCCCCGCUUGUGGCUAACUCCAUGCCUCCGGGCAAACACGCUGACUUUACUAACAUUCUUCACGGUGAACAAUUCAUCGAAUUCGUGGGAGAUUUGCCCGGUACUGAGGGUGACUUCAAAGUACGCAGCUAUGUUGUCGAUACUCUGGACAAGGGAUCAAGCGCUGUUUCCAUCGUCAACAGUGAAAUCUACCAGAACAAGCAGCUCGUAGCACGCACACAGCAACAUAUCUUCGUGCUCGGACAGGGCGGGUUCAACGGCCCCCGCAACAGCAAACAAGCGGUUGAAGUACAGCCGGCGCCUAAGAGAGCACCCGACGCUGUUGUUGAACAACGCACUGCUGAGGGACAGGCUUCGCUUUACAGGUUAUCUGGUGAUUUGAACCCACUGCACAUUGACCCCAAUGUGGCGGCCGCUAGCGGUCACCCCAGGCCCAUCCUCCACGGAAUGGCGACCCUUGGAUUCUCUGCCAGACAUGUAUUGGCCAAGUUCGGAGGCAACGACCCCGCAAACUUCAAGGCGCUUAAGGCUCGCUUCGUGAAGCCCGUGCUGCCUGGUCAGACCCUUGUCACCGAGAUGUGGGUCGAAGGCAAGCGUGUGCUCUUCCAGACUAAGGUCAAGGAGACUGGCAACACUGUCAUUGCUGGUGCAUACGUUGAUUUUAAGAACGUUGUAUCCGGCCAGGCUUCCUCAGGGCCCGCGUCGACAGCAGCGCCCUCUGGUGCUCUCAAGUCUGAUGCACUCUUCGCCAAAAUCCAAGAGGAGGUUGGCAAGAACAAGGACUUGGCUAAGAGCAUCGGUGGCGUGUUCCUUUACAAUAUCACUGAGAGUGGAAAGACUGUUAAAUCUUGGACUUUGGACCUCAAGACCCCAGCGGUACAUGAAGGUGGACCAAAGAGUGGUAAGGCUGACACUACCCUGACUGUUUCUGACGGUGACAUGGUAGACAUCGCAGCAGGCACACUCAGCCCACAAGUGGCUUACAUGAAGGGAAAGCUCAAGAUUUCCGGAAAUAUCAUGCUCGCACAAAAGUUGGGCCCACUGCUGAAGUCCAACGCCAAGCUAUAAGUUAAUGUUAAAUAUUUAUGGAAAUGGUUAUGAAUAACUUUAAUUAUUUACAACUUGUAAUAAAAAAUCGCAAUAUACUACCAGAAAUAAGCAUAAGAUGCCAAUACUGUAAGCAAAUAUUAAAUUAUCAAAUGAUAUAUUAUUUUAUUCCUGUUAUAGAGGCUUCUUUCAAGCCAGAAAUUGCAUUUAUGUUGUAAAUGUGAUUUGCAAAAGCACUGUUAUCUAUAAACUGUGAUAUGAAGACAGAAUAAUUCCAUUGGUGGGCAAUUUCUGGCUCAUCUACUUUGUUACAAUACAAUCAAGUGAAGAAUGUAUUAUUUUGUAUGGUGAAGGAAUUAAACACCACUUUUAUAAAAA